AUGCCCUCUCUGCUCACAAGUCUCUUCAUGGCGGCCUUCUUCCUGGAGUCCUUGGCCGCUAUACUCCAGAAUGGCUUCAUGGUGGCCGUGCUGGGCCAUGGGUGGCUGCGGGGCCGGGUGAUGCCUGCAGGGGACAUGAUUGUGACCUGCCUGGCAGCCUGCCGUCUUGGCCUACACAGCACAGCUGUCAUGAACAACCUCCUGGUCAUCUUCCAAUUGUACCACAGAGAGUACUUCUUUGGCAUCCUCUGGGACUUCAGCAACACGCUCACCUUCUGGCUGACCGCCUGGCUCUCCAGCUUCUACUGUGUGAAGAUUGCCUCCUUCUCCCACCCCACCUUCCUCUGGGUGCGGUGGAGGCUUUCGCGCUCGGUGCCCAGGCUUCUGCUGGGCUCCUUGGCCGUGUCAGUCCUGACCAGCAUCUCUAUGGCCAUUGGGAAUAAGAUCCAGGUGGGCACCUCCCAGGAGCCUCACUCUAACGGCAGCUGGGUCGCCAGCGCGUGGACCUUCCGUUGGGCCUUCUCUCUGCUCCGUGUGCUGCUGAGCCUCUCAGUGCCCUUCCUGCUCUUCCUCACGUCCACUGCUCUUCUCAUCUUCUCUCUGCGUCGGCACCUGGGCCAGAUGCGGGCUGGCCAGCACGGGUCCUGGGACCUCAGCACCCAGGCUCACACUGUGGCCCUCAAGUCUCUCUUCUUCUUCCUUGUCUUCUACUCAUUGUACUACGUGUCCUUGAUUGUGGUGAUAACGAUCACGCCUUUGCAGGCCCACAAGUACUGGCUCAGCCAAGUGGUGACCUACGCUGGCAUCUCUCUGCACUCCACCAUCCUACUGCUCAGCAGUCCCAGGUUCAAGAGGAUCCUGAAGAGAGGGGCCACACGCUGUGGGGGCCUGGACAGGGGACCGGUCUCUCCCCGGGGCUCAGACCAGAAGCCAGUGCCAGACUGA